AUGUCUUCACCAAGCAAACGAAGGGAGAUGGAUUUGAUGAAACUGAUGAUGAGUGAUUACAAAGUGGAAAUGAUCAAUGAUGGCAUGCAAGAUUUUUAUGUGGAAUUCAAUGGACCUAAAGAAAGUCUUUAUCAAGGAGGCGUGUGGAAGAUAAGAGUUGAAUUGCCAGAUGCUUAUCCUUAUAAAUCUCCAUCAAUUGGCUUUGUCAACAAGAUCUAUCACCCAAACGUUGAUGAAAUGUCUGGUUCAGUUUGUUUGGAUGUUAUCAAUCAAACUUGGAGCCCCAUGUUUGAUCUGGUAAAUGUAUUUGAAGUAUUUCUCCCUCAGCUUCUUUUGUAUCCCAACGCAUCAGAUCCAUUGAAUGGAGAAGCUGCUGCUUUGAUGAUGCGUGAUCGCACUGCUUAUGAUCAAAGAGUGAAAGAAUAUUGUGAGAAAUAUGCAAAGCCAGAGGAUAUAGGGGCAAAACCAGAAGAAAAAUCCAGCGAUGAAGAGCUGAGUGAAGAUGAUUACAACUCCGAUGAUGACCAACUCGCUGGCAAAGCUGAUCCUUGA